CUCACUCACUCACACACGUAACUCGUGCCGCGACCGUGUUUACCAAGUGACCGAGUGUCUGUGAUUUAUUUAUUUUAAUUAGUUCGUUAAAAUGGCCAACAAUCGUGCUGCCAAGUCUGGCUUCGCCGCCGAGGCUCAGCGAAAGAUCAACAGCAAAUACAGCGAAGAGCUGGCACAAGAAUGCCUGGAAUGGAUCCGGGCGAUCACCGGCGAACCCGAGAACGUAUCAGGGGAUAUGGACAACUUCUACGAAAUACUCAAGGACGGGACCCUGCUCUGCAAGCUAGUCAACAACAUCCAACCGGGCCAAGUUAAGAAGAUCAACGAAUCCAAGAUGGCGUUCAAAUGCAUGGAGAACAUAAACGCAUUCUUGGAGGCCGCGAGACAACUCGGCGUACCGGCUCAGGAGACCUUCCAAACUGUUGAUCUGUGGGAGAGACAGAACCUCAACUCCGUGGUCAUCUGUUUGCAGUCACUUGGCAGAAAGGCUCACAACUACGGCAAACCGUCGAUCGGGCCCAAAGAGUCCGAGAAGAACGUGAGAAACUUCUCAGAGGAACAACUUCGCGCCGGUCAGGGCGUCAUCUCGCUACAGUACGGCUCCAACAAGGGCGCCACGCAGAGCGGCAUCAACUUUGGCAACACGAGGCAUAUGUAGACUGUUCGUCUGUUUGUUGUGUGGUAAAACGGGUUACGUAAAAACGGGACGUGGAUGCUGCUUUUAUAAUUUCAUCAGAAGAUCUAAAUUGUCUCAUAUUCUCACUAUUUCUUCAUCUUUCUUCCGUCGAGUUGUGUUUUUGAUCUUCUGAUGGUAGUUUGUUUGUUGCGUCCUAAAAGAACUCACAAAAUCCGCCAGAUAACGUAACCAGUGGGCCUGAGGCUACAAAGAAAUUUGAACGCUUUCAAUAGUUUUUGCAACCUUUUUAAAUAGACAAAAAUUGGGCACAAUAAUUGUCAAUUUCUAUUAGGUUGGUCGGAUCGCAG